GUCUACAUUGAUAGCACGUCACAAAGCCUUGUCUACAUUGAUAGCACGUUUAGGUUAUCUGAAGUAAAAUGUUAACAAUUUAAAUCUAUUGCAAUUGUGGUUAGUAUGGAUAAGAUACUUUAUGGAUAAGUGACUUUAGUGAUUCCAUUUCGACUGAAACAUGGCGUUACUACAGAUGCUAGCGCGGGCUUGCUUCACAGUCAUGUGUUUCAUUCAAAAUCUGCUUCCGUGCAUAAAGGGUCGUAUACCGGAGCCCGGUCGCUGGUUGCACGCACUUCUUGACGUCAUACACCGCGGCGAAAACAAGCUGUUCAAGCUGGAGUCCUUGACCGACUUCUACCAUACCUACGGACUCUUCCGGUUCGAGAACAAGGUCUACAUCUUUGACCCCAAGUUGACCCAGACCGUCAUUAACAAGCUGGAGAAAGGCGCUGGGGACUACUUGGAGAACUCGCCGCUCAAGGAUACAUUUCUAGGAUCCUCGAGCCGCAGCCCGGAAAUACGGCGGGCAAUCGCUGCCUUGUUUCGGAAAUCCACUCUGGAAGAACGCGGCGGUCUCAUAAUUGCAGACGUCGACAACAUGUGCAAUAAAAUAGGACUGGAAGCUAAAGAAGGCCACGUGAUUAAUAUCACAGACUGGAGUUUGCGUAUGGCAAUGGACGUGGUGGGUCACAUGCUUCUGCAGCUUGACCUCUUUGCAAUUGAGGGGAAACAGGAAGCUCUCCUCGAAUGUCUUAUGACCAUACUUCACAGGUGCUAUGCCCUUGGUGAGAUAACCUCGGACAGCGAAGAGUUUAAACAGGCGAACGAGACGCUGCAAAAAGAAACCACCACCAUCUUGGAGAAAGCUCUUCAAAAGGAGGAUAAAUCUACCGACACGCGAUUCGUCAUCAAACUGCACGAAGCCUGUGGGUUUGAACAGGCCCGUGACAACAUGAAGUUGUUCCUUAUGGCGGGCUCAGAGACCACUGCCUCCACCAUCCCCGUGUUCUGCUAUCUUAUGGCCACAUACGCUCGUGUACAGGACGAGCUCCGUCAGGAAGCAGACGAGAACAUGGCGGCGCUGCGAGCUGACCCCGCCCUGACCCUGCCCAAGAUGGAGAGCGUGUUGCGCGAGGUUCUCCGAGUGUACCCCAUAGCACCGUUCAUCAGUAGGCAGACGACACAGCAACUCGUCGUCGGUGACGUCACGAUAGGGGCAAAUACCGAUAUAAAGGCAUUUACAUGGGGAAUUCAUCGCUCUUCAACACAGUGGGACCAGUCUAAGGAAUUCGUGCCGUUCCGGUUCCUAAAUUCUGGCGAAAAAUCCGCGUCAGCUAUGUACAUCCCCUUCGGGGCCGGGUCCAGAAUAUGUAUUGGGCAACAUCUAGCCAUGCUGGAGCUAAAACUAGCCUGUGCAAUAAUGCUAAAUAGGUUCAAGUUCUGUAAGGUAUCGGAGACUCCGGAGUUACGGUUUGUGACCGAUUGGGCUCAUGCAGUGGUUCAUCCGGACAAAGACAUGUUCUUUAAGCUUGAAGCAAGAUAACAAGCAAAUAUCAUAAGUAUUAACAUUUUAUGGUCUCAUGAUAUUUAUCUUGACCAGACUGCAAGAUGCGCAAGCUGGUUGGGCUAUGACUAUGAUGGGCGCAUAAGACUUAAGACCCAUUUUCACAUGACGUGGGUCUUUACUAAUCUCAUUGUUUAUCGUAAAUAGCACAUAUAAACACAAUGCUUUUCGAUAUACAAUUCAAUUUAAAAUAGCAAAUAUAGCAAACUGGCAAAAUUGAGUAGCCUAUUAAAGCGUUCAGGAACGAUUUCCAGACGUGCUGACCUAGUACGGCCAAUAUGUGUUGUUAGAUUAUAAACGAUUUCCCUUUUAUUUUGACACUAUACUAUUUUGGUAGUGUUUGUUUUCUCAUCUUGAAAGUAAAAUUAUGUUUAUCGCUAGUCAAUUAUGUCUUCACCUGACGAUUUAGUGAUCGAGUACAGAUCUUGAAAUUCUGAAAGAUGGAUUUUAACGCAUAGUUGUAACUCGGCCACAAUUUUUGUCUAUGUGUCGUUUAAACAUUCAUAGAAUAGUCCGGAAUUCCUUACACUGAACAGUGUAACAUCCUUAACGAUGUGCACAGACGCAGUGAUGUGUCCAACGUUCAAGGGAUUUCUCUCGAAUCAGCCAUUGAAAUAUUCGAAUGUAUUCAUUUGUGUCUGCUGGUGUUAUGUAAAUGUCAUUUAAGGUGAAAACCUGGGUAAAACAGCUAUGCCGAAAAAGCGCAUUAGUGUUCUAUACCGAUGGUAAGGUCAGAGACAGUUUGACACCGUGCGAAAUGCUAAGGUAACAAGUAAUGCAUCAAAAACAAUACGCGUCCACAGCGCUGUUUUUAUAACGACCUAAUUGAUGACUAAAAAGAAUUGCCCGCAGAUUUCUUUUUUAUUAUUUUCAUCAAUUAUCUUAUUGUAUAUUUUGAAUUUGUUUAUUGUGUAAAGAAACAAAAGUUGUGUAAAGGGAAUUUCCAUCAUGAAGUUAUAUUCUUAGUGUGAUAGGUAUUCGAUAUUCCAAAAAAGUUCAUUUAAUAUGAUGGUACAUGUAAUUGCAAAUUUUAUUUUAUAAUUACUGGUUCUCAGUACCAUUUUAAUCAUAUUUUCUAUGCUUUCAGAACGUUUAAAAGGGAUAUGUGGUUGUUAUUUUGUCUAUAUUACCUCUAUAACAUAAAUAGGAUGAAAAACAGAACAUACACAUCUCCACAUGUGCGUUAAGACACACUCUUUAUACAUUUGAAUGGGUUGUGUUUAUUUUAAACUUGAGAUUUACAAAGCUAUAACCUAAUUUUGACAAAUGAGUUGCGUCUAAGAUUUUGUAAUAACGAACUACUUAAAUGCCUUCAUCGCUUUGAUUUAUAAUAUAUUCACACGGACAUCUCCCCUCCCAAACGUGAAAACAGUAAAACAUGGGAGACUACUGCGAGGAUUUAUCCUUCCCAGCUUACAAUGGCUUUGAUAAAUUGUUCACUGUGAUGAGCGAAUGGCUGAAUAGAUCAACACCAUUUGCACUUUAUAGUUCAGUCGACUAAAUUGUUACUGAAUUGCUCAAGAAAACCCCUUUUCAAUUCAACGUUGUAACUCCUUUACUUCUUCGCUGAAUUCGUUAAGAGUUCUUCGGGAAUGGCUUCCGACUUGCUGUCGCUUAAGACAGUCGUUUCACACGUACGUUCGACAUAUUUAUUUCUAUGAUAUUAUAUUUGUACAUGUAGUCGUCUUUGUAUUUUAAUUAAACCGUGUUUGCAUCUAUGAAAUAAAAUGUAAGAACCAG